CGCAAACAGCCUCCAUUUCACAGCUCUGGGAAGACUCAAGGGGUUCUUGCUUCAACAGUGAUUGAACGGAACUUCUUCUUCGUCCCGCACGACUUUUCCUUCCAGAUAUUCGUCGACGAUCGUCGUAUAGAAUUUAUUUUUGUACGUUUUGAUAAUAAAAGGAAGAAAAUCAGCCGAAAUGGAGUCUCAGAUCCGUCAGAACUACCACCGCGACUGCGAGGCCGCUAUUAACAGGAUGGUGAACAUGGAGCUUUUUGCCUCCUACACCUACACCUCCAUGGCCUACUACUUCUCCAGGGAUGACGUUGCCCUCGAAGGUUUUGCCCAUUUCUUCAAGGAGUGCAGCCAUGAGGAACGUGAGCAUGCCGAGAAGCUCCUCUCCUUCCAGAACAAGAGAGGUGGACGCAUUUUCCUCCAGGACAUCAAGAAACCUGAGCGAGAUGAGUGGGGAACUGGACUGGAGGCCAUGCAGUGUGCUCUGCAGCUGGAGAAGAAUGUGAACCAGGCUCUGCUGGACCUGCACAAGAUCGCCUCCGAGAAGGUUGACCCUCAUCUGUGCGACUUCCUGGAGACUCACUACCUCAAUGAGCAAGUGGAGGCCAUCAAGAAACUGGGUGACCACAUCACCAACCUCUCCAAGAUGGAUGCUGGCAACAACAGGAUGGCAGAGUACUUGUUUGACAAGCACACUCUGGGGAGCAAGAGCUAAAUCUGCUGAGGCUUCACGCAUGGCCUGCAUUGUUCAUCUCUGCUCAUUGUUCCAAGAAAUUGUCAUUACCACGUGUAGCAUUCAUGCAGUGAGUUUUAAGCUGUUGAAUGGAAAGAUCACGAAGUUC